AUGGCUGCCCCGCCGCCGCAGCUUGGCUUGUACAGGAAGGCUGACAACGACUCUCUUAAGCAGAAAGAACCACGGCUCACUGCCCUCUCUAUCCUCAUACCCAGAUUGGCCGACAUGUCUUAUAACCGCCAGCUUUCGCCCGGAGGCCGACGCAUCGCCAAUCCAGCACGAACCUCCGACAGCCUUGCUGAUCCUCACCGCUACGAGAGGUAUGGCUCCCAUACUUCGCCGAGGAGCAGCACCGGCGGCGGCGUCAUUCCGAUCUCUACACAGACGUUCGUCAACUACCCACCUGCCUCUUCCAACAGCACUUCCGCAUCUCGUCCUGAGCCACGAGUAGAUCCCUACUCUGGCAGACCGGUGGAAAGCCGACCUGUGGACAGCUACACUGGCAGACCUCGCAGGUCAUCUUUGAUCGACACUCAUCGUGGCUCCGUCAGCAACACCACGUUGCCAAACCGUAGCAGCAACAGGCCGACGGUUGUUCAGAACGACUAUGCCCGUCCAGCAAGCCCGCAGAAGAGCAGCAAUCGCGGGAACGAGUACUAUGUGCAGACUGGAACCUCAAAGGAGCCGAAGAGGGCCGAGCACAAGAAGCUGUACAGCGUCGACAAUGGGACGGCGAGCCUUGUUGCAGACGUCGACCUGCCAUCCGGCAGUGGUCGACACCACCGACGCAGAGAUAGUGAUACUGGUGAACGUCCGCCUUACAAAGGUCUCUCAUCCGACCGCGACAACGACAGAGGGCGAAGAGCCUACCACCUCAACGGUCCGUCGAAGCCCAAGGAGAAGAGCAUUGAGGAUGACGAUGCAUAUUCGUAUACGGAUCCUGCUGGCAUGUUCCGCGAUACUGAGCCAAGGUGGCGCGAACGAGAGACUCGACCACGCAGAGGCAGCGUUGAUCGCGGUGGUGCCAGUCGUGAGCGGCCAGUAAGCAUGCUCGAUCCUAGCAUGGACCCACGUCGUUCGAAUAAAGAGAUCGGGCCACCGCCGAGCACAAGAGGAUGGGCCAAGCUGAAUGACGGCAUUGGGCGGACGACGAGUUUGAGAGAACGGUCGAGAGAUGUGCCUCGUUCGCCGAACCGCGCGAGAGUACCUCAGUCACCGACCAGAGCACGUCCGCCACAAUCACCUUCUCGUGGACGAUACCCAGACGCUCCUGCCUACCCCGACUCCAAGGAUCCCUACUAUGUUGCGCCACGUACGACCUCGGAGGACCGACGGAACAACACGCAUUCGGAGCGCUACGAUCAGUACGAGUAUGAAGACCGUCCUCGUCGCCACGAACGCCGCAACAGCGUGACCCGACCAGACCACAGCGUUGAGCGCCGGGGCUUUGGCAUUAGAGGCGACAGCAAGGAUCGACAUGGACGCGGCAGCGAUGAAAGCUUUGAGCGUCAGCAGAAAUAUCGCGACUCCGGUUAUGAGCCGCAUCGCAGGGACACCGCGCCGGCUACCAACUACCAUGAAGAGCAACGAGUCGAGUAUGAGAAGCAGGACCGCCCGAGAGCGGAACGACCACGGGUCGACGAACGCGAUAGGCAACCAGAGCGCGAGGUCCGGGAUGACUACAGAAGGCGUGACGAUGACCGAGCAUACAAUCGCGACCACGAUCGUGAUCGAGACUCACGCCGGGAACGAGAAAGAGAGUACGACCUCGACCGCGAGCGUGAGCGGGAGAGGGAGCGCAUGAUGCAGCGCCCGGCUGAGCACGAACGGCACCAUCACCGCCAUGAGUCUGACCGCGGGUAUGCUAGUAAGGAUAGCACUUCGCGGUCGACUGCGGAGAGCGCGGCGCCAGGCCUCUCGACGGCUGCUGCUGGUGGUCUGGCGGGUGCUGCUGCCAUGUAUGGGGCGAACAAAGUUCUUAACAGGAAUGACGAUCGGGACCGCGACCGCGAGAGAGAUCGUGAUCGGGAGCGUGACCGAGAGCCAGAUAGGCGUACGGAGAGACCAACCGAAAGGCCAACCGAAAGGCCAGUGGAGAGGCCAGCAGAAAGGCCACGUGAGCCAGACCGGGAGAGAUUGUCUCCUCGUCCGGCUGCACCACGCCAGCAAGAUACGCACAGCGAUGAAGGUGUUCGUUAUCCGGAGGAGCGUGAACGACCGCGUGCGCCUGCGCCUGAACCUGACCGAGCGGACCGAGGACUUGGCUUCGCUUUCGAAGGUGGUGCUCCUGAGCCUCCAAGGUCCGCACCGCCGAUGAGAGACACCUUCCUUCCACGCGACCGACCCGACGAGCGUGAGGUGGAACGGCCGCAUGAAGAUAAGGUGCCCAGCCAGAUGCCACCUGCGGGUGCUAUGGACCCAGAGGAAGACUAUCGUCGCCGCAUGGAGCAAGUGCAGCGUGAGCUUGGCCGUGCUCCUGAGCCUCGAAACCCUGAGUACGACUCCGAUCGUGAGCGCCGACGACGUGAACGAGAGCAGCGCCAACGCGACCGCUUCCCCAACGGCGAUCCUUCCGUGGUCAGCACAGCUCCUUCAUACGACGCCGCACCGUCUUCACGCAUGCCUGGAGGUUACGACGACAGUGUGGAUGGCUCCGUGUCGACAGCUCGGCCUGGGCUCGCUCGUAAGCCGAGUAUUCUGGACCGGCCGAUGACCGACGAGCCAGCGCAGAUCAUUGACAACUCGAUGAGCGAAAGGAAAGAGAAUCGUGUCAGGAUCGUCGACCCGCCGACGGAAGAGGAGGAGCGCAAGCCACGAGGGAUCUUGAAGAGGCCAACUGAGAAGUUCCCGGAGCAUCCUAAUACCAUGCGAGAGGGUGUUGCGCCGUUGAAGGACGCAACCAAGUCCGGCAUCCCGCCCGGCGCCCGCUGGACCAAGAUCGACCGCAAGCUCGUCAACCCCGAAGCUCUCGAAGAGGCUCAAGAACGUUUCGAAGAACGGCUCGACUGCGUCAUCGUACUGCGCGUGCUCACGAAGGAAGAGAUUCAGAAGCUUGCAGAUCGCACAAAGGAGCUCAGAGGUACUUAUCACCGCUCUCAUUACACUGUCCCUCCAAACCACGGCAACAACUUGUAUGAUUCGGAUACAACAUCCGAAACUUCAUCAUCCGAGCAUGGCAGUCUGCAAGGCUGCCUGCGCUCUGAGCGCCCUUGCGUCAUACGCGCCAAAACUGCUCCGUCGACUCCAACAGUCGACCAAAUACCCCCAGCACACCUUCAGCGCCCUGCCGCGAGAAGGCGUGCUUAUACCACUCCCAACUUCUCCACCCCAUCAAACCUCCUUUCACUUUUGAAACACACGCUAACCCGCCUCUCUUCCCGCCCAAUAGACGAACGCUACGAAGAAGAGCGCGAAGAGCGCAAAGCCGCGCGCCGCCACGAGCGCGCCCGCGACCGCCAAAACCGCGACGAGUACGUCGCCGACGACAGCGAGAACGAGUUCAAGCCGAAGGCGCCUUUGCGGCUGGAGGCGCCGAGUAGUACGGCGGGCGCGAGUACUCUGACGGGCACGUCAGGGACGGGGGUGGGGGCGGGGGAUACGGCGGAUUUUGUGCGGGAUGCGAGGGAUAGGAGAAGGGGAGAGGGUGAGAGGGAGAGGGAGUAUAUGAGUGGGGGCUUGGGGGGUAGGGGUGAGAGGGGGGAGAGGAGCGAGAGGAGUGAGUACUGA